AUGACGAAAUAUUCAUUAAACGUAGAGAGCCUUUUGCCAAAUGGGAAUGUCGAUUAUGACUUUACACUAAUUAUCAAUGAUAAGAAAUACAUGAUCAAUUCGCUUAUCGCGUCAACUCACUCAAAGAAAUUAUUUAAUUUGUUUUUCGAAGAUCCAAUAGCAACUGAAUGCUCAAUAAAAGGUCCAAAUGGAGAUUAUGGCGAAGUAAUUAAUUUCUUAAAUGGAAACAAGAUAAAUCCUUCACCUUACAACGCAAUUUUCCUUUUUUCUGUUUCAAACAUACUUCAAUCCACAGAUUUAUUUGAAAUUGUCCGAGAUUCGCUCACAGAACCAUUGGAUCCUACAGAUGCAUUGAAUUUAUGCCAGGAAUCUUUUCAAAAUCAAAUGGAUUGUGAAUAUUUUGCCAAAAUUGUUGCAUUAUCAUUUAAUUCAAUGGUGAGCAGCAAUAAAUUACCAUCAAACAUCGAUCAUUCCAUUCUUGACAUCAUUUUACAGAAUUGUACUCCUGAUAACGAUAUCGAUCCAACUUUACUUAAAAAUUACCUAGAUUCAACUACCAAUAUCAUCGAUAAUCCAAAUGACAGACUCCUGAGCUUAUAUCCGUUCUCAAUCUGCACAAUUGAACAAAUCAACACUUUACUCAACACGAAAGGCUUUAAUAUCAACAAAGUUAAAGACACAUUGCUCAAGAGAACACUGACAUCAAAUUGCAGGGUCGAUAACUUCUCAAUUUAUUCACCAAUUCCAGGAAAAUUAUUAGAAGGCAUAAUUCAUCUUUUCCAGACACCAGAAGUCACAUGUUCAUCAUCCUACAAAGAAGGAUAUGAUCCUACAGUACUUCUUGAGAAAGAAGAUCCUUCUUCUCCGAGUAAAAAAUAUUAUUGCAGCAAAGGUGGUCCGAAUGAAUGGAUUCAGUUCAAAUUUAAUAGCUAUGGCAUCAAUGUGACCAAAUACGCUAUUAAAAGCUGGUACGGAGCUAGUAAUAAAGUUUCUCCUUCAUCUUGGGUUUUAUACGGAAGGGAAGGCGAUUCUGACUGGGAAAUAAUUGAUAGCAGGGACGACCAGACAUGUCUGUGCCAGGAUGGCCACGAAGAAGUGUUUGAUGUAACUGAAAAUAAGAAUUUCUACACAUCAAUCAAACUUGAGCAGCUUAAGACAUAUAACCAACGUAACAAAGUAUUUGCUAUUGCUGGAUUCGAAUUAUUCGGAAAAGUUAAGCAUUUGUAA